AUGGCUAUCGACCAACUGUUUGAAGCAUUGCCGCUGCAUUAUCUGCAGCAUGGCUUCGCCAAAUAUGGUACAACAAGUGUUAUAUCUGCGAUACUCACAGUUGCGGCGGUUGGGUUGAUUGCAGAUUAUGCCUGGAUGUUGUACUUGAGAUCAAAAAUGCCGCCAGGACCUUUCCCGUAUCCCAUCAUCGGCAACACUUUCCAACUGCCCGACAACAAGCCAUGGAUUUACUUCGAAGAGCUUUCAAAAAAGUAUAAUACGCCGUUGAUAACUUAUUGGAUCGGAAGGAACCCUACAGUCUGGAUCAACGAUGCCUGGACCGCAAACGAACUUUUGGAUAAAAGAGCUGGCAUAUACUGCUCUCGACCGCGCAUGCUAGUGUUUGCUGAACUUGGGGCUGGCCAGAACAAUCUUGUCAAUCUCAUCACCACCACGCCUGCACAGCGCGAACGCUUUCGUGCCCUGAGGAAGAUCACCCAUCAAGGCGUUGGGAUUCAACAAGUGAAGAAAUAUCGCAACUUUCAGAAUGAUGAAAGCAAAGUCGUUGCGCUUGACUUGCUCAGCAGUCCCGAAAACUACGUUUCCCACUUCGAGCGGUAUGCUACGAGCGUUGUAUCAAUCAUCGGCUUUGGCAGGCGGGUGGAAAGUCAUGAAGACCCCAUCAUUACUGAGGUCAUCGCGUUGAUGCAUCGUGCAGCCGACUUGAACGUUCCAGGGAAGACUUUCCCAAUGCUAAUGGAAACUUUCCCAGUUCUAGCAAAAGUACCCACAGAGUAUGCACCUUGGAAGCAUGGCAUGGGAUCCAAGAAGAAGUCGCAUCGUGGACACGACUUUUUCUACUCUUUGGCCAACGAAGCUAACGAGAAACCUGGGCACGAGGAUUGUUAUGCAAAGACACUUUUCAGAGAACGGGAGAAAUACAACUUGACACCCAAGGAGAUCUCGGCUUUGGCAGGCAACUUGUUCGGUGCUGGAUCUGACACUUCUAGCAGUACGCUCAUCACUGCUGUCCUGGCCAUGCGUGCUUUCCCUGAGACCAUGGAAGCUGCAUGGGAAGAACUAGACCGCGUUGUUGGACCUGAUAGAAGUCCUUCAUUCGAUGACGAUGCCAAUCUGCCUUACAUGCGAGCUUUCGUAAAGGAAGUCUUUCGCUGGCGAUCAGUUGCAAUCAUUGGAGGGCAGCCCCAUGCGCCAGUGGAGGAUGAUUAUUACAACGGUUAUCUGAUUCCAAAAUCUACAUGGGUCCAAGGCAACGUCUGGGCGAUACACCACAAUGAGCGUGAUUUUCCUGAUCCUGAUCGCUUUAACCCAAACAGGUUUGUGAAAGACCACCCAGAUUCUCGGCCAUUCCCGGGAGAGCGGGGUUACAUGACAUUUGGUUGGGGACGGCGGGUAUGCUCCGGUCAGGCACUGGCAGAACAGGGUACGUGGUUGACGGUUGCGAGGCUGGUCUGGGGAUUCAAAAUUGAGCCAGCGCUCGACGAUCGCGGAGAGCCGAUCCCGGUAGACAUCUUCGACUACACGAACGGUCUCAAUAUGAGGCCGAAUAUCUUCAAGGUUAGCAUCAAGCCGAGAAGCGAGAGAAUCCGGCAAGCCAUCAUUCGAGAAGGGGAGCAAGCGCUUGCAGACCUGGCUCCGUACGAGGGUGAAACCAAGUACCGCAUGAGUACUUUUUACAAAAGAUAG